AAGCAUUGCGCAUGAUCCGUGCUAUUUCAAAAUCAAAAUGGCGGACGUCGAUCAGUGGAUUGAAAUUGCAAAAGAAUGUAAAUAUCUUCCAGAAAAUGACCUGAAGAAACUGUGUGACUUUGUUUGCGAAUUGCUGCUUGAAGAAUCAAACGUUCAGCCAGUUUCCACGCCGGUCACAGUUUGUGGCGACAUUCAUGGACAGGUAUCGUCGCAGAUUUUUAUUUGUGAUUUCCGUUUAAUAUGUUUUGGGCUGCAACGGAUGUUUGUCAGUGAGACAAACCACAUGAAGUCUGAAAGCUGAAUUGAAAUUAUUAUUUCCCUGACAUCUACACAUAAUUAUUUGAUAAGUGAUUCGUUGUGUUAUUGCAGAUGGCCUGAUCGCAUUACACUUUUGAGAGGAAAUCAUGAAAGUAGACAGAUCACACAAGUUUAUGGCUUUUAUGAUGAAUGUCAGUCAAAGUAUGGAAAUGCUAAUGCUUGGAGAUACUGCUGUAAAGUGUUUGAUCUCUUAACAGUUGCUGCUAUUAUUGAUGGACAAAUUCUGUGUGUUCAUGGUGGGCUAUCGCCAGAUAUCCGAACCCUAGAUCAGAUUCGAACCAUAGAUCGCAACAUGGAAAUUCCACACAAAGGAGCAUUUUGUGAUCUGGUGUGGUCUGAUCCAGAGGAUGUUGACACUUGGGCCAUAAGUCCUCGAGGAGCAGGCUGGCUCUUUGGAGCAAAAGUUACUAAUGAGUUUGUACACAUCAACAAUUUGAAGCUGAUAUGCCGAGCCCACCAGUUGGUCCAUGAAGGAUACAAGUACAUGUUUGAUGAGACACUAGUCACUGUGUGGUCAGCUCCAAACUAUUGUUACCGCUGUGGAAAUAUUGCUUCCAUUUUGGCAUUCUCAGAUGCUGAUACAAGAGAACCCAAGCUUUUCAAAGCUGUACCUGACUGUGACAGGGUGAUACCUCCGCGAACCACGACACCUUACUUUUUGUAAAUUGUUGUAAAUAGGAAAUGUUUCUCUGCCGUAGAACAUUUUACAUGAACAUUUAGCAAAAAGUUCAUUUUGAAGAUUUACAAAGUAGUUUUAAAGGCUCUGAUCAUUAGUGUAGAUUAGAAAAGCAACUGAGUUUUUCUUAUCAGCUCAAAGAUCUACAUGUAUGGUGAUCUUAACAUGUACAGUUUUGGUAUUUGUUGACUAUUUUGAACAAUGAUUACUCAGGUUCCUUUGUUUAAAGCAGGAUGAAUCUUACCUGAUCCAGGAUGCAUUAACAUUACGCCAAUGUCGAGUUGAUUGGUAUGUGGAUAUUUCAUUUCAAAAAUUCUCACCCAUGAAAUGAAAUGUAUAUAAAUUAUCCACUCAGCAUUGCCUGGUAUAAUUUAACAGUCCACCAGGCCUGGGUUGUUCAAAAGGUGGAUAAAGCUAUCCACCAGAUAAAUCACUACCCAGUGGAAAGCGUGGUUUGUUUUGUUAACACUUGUCCACUGGAGAGCGAUUUAUUUGGUGGAUACAGUUAUUCAGCCUUCAAACAACCAUUGCCAAUAUUUAAAAUUCUGUUUUAGUUGCAUGUAAAGUGAGUUAAAAAGUGAUACAUCACUGUAUAUCAAACCCAAGAAACAGUAUUUUGUCACAGUUCCAACUAGUGAGAAGAGAGUUCAAUUUUGUUCAAGCAACAAGGUGUUUUGGGAAGAAAUUUUAAUUUGGUGUUUAGCAUGGCUGCUUGAUGUAUGAGUUCCUAAUCAAAACUAAAACUAGCAAUUUAUUUUACUAGGAGAAAACUGAAAAAUGUAAACUUUGUAAUAGUAUAUUAUGCUCAGAUAACCUAAUCAACAAUAGGAUUAUAAUUUCCUUUUUGUACUUGAUGAAUUAUUAAUGCUAAUUUGCAUCUUCUCAGUGUGAAAUACAGUAACUUUUCUUGACAUGGAAUUGAGGACAUAGUUUAUACUAGGUUUGCUUUAGAAAUGAUAAAGUAGAUUUAAAAGGUCAGUUUUUUGUUUCGUAAUUUAAUGCACAUAUUUCCCUUGUAUAUUUACCGUUUUGGAAAUGACAUUACAUUUAGUUUAGAUUUUUUUUAAGAGAUCGUGGAACAGGAAGAAAAGAGGUGGCUUAACAUGUAUAUUUCACAUGUAAUAUUGUUACCCACCAAAACACUUAAAUUUCAGUGUGUAUGUACGAUACUGUGCUGAAGGAUAAACUUUGUCUGUAGGAUUAAUUUUGUUUAAUAUUAAAGAACAAAACUGCUUGCA